AUGACUACCAACCUGGCAGAGUCAAUGAAUUCGAUAUUUAAGGUCACUCGUAAUCUACCGGUUACAGCAUUGGCCAGAUCAACAUACUUUAGGUUAGGUGAACCGUUUGGGAGAAGAGGGCAUAAAUGGACAAAAAAAUUGGGUUCCAGACAACGAUAUACUUCUAGUUGCAUCAAAGGGAUUGACGAGGAGGUUGCUAAAGCAACAUGCGCAAGCAUACAUCAGGACUAUUCUGUGCAUAUAGUUGAUGCGUUCAAGGUUGUUAAUGUGUUUAAGGUCUACGAAGAAAGUUUCAUAGGGGUGCCGACUGAACCUGACUGGCCUCGAGUUGAUCUCCAGGCCUUGUCUGUGUCUGCAUCCGUCACUACCGGACACACUCUCUCUCCUUUCACCUUCACCAACUACCUUUCUUCUUCUUUUCCCGUUCCAUCUAUUCUCCUUUUCCCUUUUGAACUUUCUGGGAUAAUUAUGGGGAGUGUAGAGAUUGUUGAUUUGUCUAGUGACGAUGAAAGUGAAAAGGCUGUUCCGGUUGCGGUUAAAUUGGAGCCUGGGUAUGUUACGGGUGCUGAGAAUGUGCGUGUGACUGGUGAUCGGCGAUUAGUCAAAUGUGAGAAAUCUCGAACUCAGGGGCCGUCGCCAAUUGAUGAUACUGGAAUCUCUUAUGCAUCAUCCGUUUGUGCUGCACCACUAUCCAGACAGUUUUGGCAAGCUGGGAGCUAUGAUGACGGGCAUGGUUCUCAAACGUCAGUUAAAGAUGGAAAAAACUACCUACAUGUGCACCCCAUGUUCCUUCAUUCAAAUGCAACUUCGCACAAGUGGGCAUUUGGCGCCAUAGCAGAGCUUCUUGAUAAUGCUGUUGAUGAGAUCCAAAAUGGGGCUACCUUUGUCAGUGUAGAUAAAAUUUCAAAUCCAAGAGAUGGAAGUCCAGCAUUGUUGAUUGAAGAUGAUGGUGGUGGCAUGGAUCCGGAAGCAAUGCGUCGCUGCAUGAGUUUUGGAUUUUCAGAUAAAAGUUCAAAGCUUGCUAUUGGACAGUACGGAAAUGGCUUCAAGACCAGUAGUAUGAGACUUGGUGCAGAUGCUAUAGUUUUCAGUCGGCAUUUGAAUAAUGGGAUUUUGACUCAAAGCAUUGGACUUUUGUCAUAUACAUUUCUGAUGCAAACACAACUUGACAGAAUAGUAGUACCAAUGGUGAAUUAUGAGUAUAAUACCUCCACUUCGUCGUUGGAUGUGUUAAAUGGCAAAGAACAUUUUAUGGCAAAUUUAGAAUUGCUGUUGCGUUGGUCACCAUAUUCAUCCGAAGCAGAUCUCCUGAAACAAUUUCAAAACAUGGGAUCUUACGGUACUAAAGUUAUUGUCUACAAUUUGUGGUUCAACGAUGAGGGGCUUACGGAGUUAGAUUUUGACACAGAUCCUGAGGAUAUUCGCAUUGCUUGGGAUGUCAAGAAGAUCUCUACUAAACCUGCAUGGAAGAGAAUCCAAGAGGAACAUAUUGCAAAAACAUUUCGUUAUUCAUUACGUGUGUACUCGUCCAUAUUGUACUUGCGGUUACCAAAAACUUUCCAAAUUAUAUUGAGAGGGCAAGCUGUGAAGCCACAUAGCAUUGCUGAUGAUCUUAAACUUGUUGAAUUUAUCAAAUAUACACCGCAAUGUGCUGGACCUGUAGAGGAACUUUUUGUAACAAUUGGAUUUCUCAAGGAAGCCCCUCAUGUCAAUAUCCAUGGUUUCAAUGUAUAUCACAAACAUCGGCUGAUACUGCCAUUUUGGCAGGUUGUAAGAUAUUCAGACAGUAGAGGCAGAGGAGUUGUUGGUAUCAUGCAAGCAGAUUUUGUUGAGCCAACUCAUGAUAAACAAGAUUUUGAGAAAACUUCCUUGUUUCAAAAGCUAGAAGCGCGAUUAAAGUCAAUGACAUGGGAGUACUGGGAUACUCAUUGUAGACUAAUUGGGUAUCGGGCGGAAGAUAAGACUCGAAUUAGAGUUACCCAACCACUUCCUUCAUUGCAGAAAUCACUUGGAUAUCAUAAUAAGAGGAAGACAGAUGAACUGAUAGACCUUCAGAAGAGGAAAAAACAUGCAAGUGAAGAAUAUGUAACUGGUAUUGGUUUCAGUCAGAAUAAACAGAUCACCACAACUCCUUCAGACCAGGUUGUAAACCCAGAGACUGUAAAGUUGAUGCAAGAAAAUCAGAAACUACAUACAGAAUGUUUGGAAUUGGAAAAGAGAGGUGAAGAACUUAAUUCCAAGGUGGUGGAGCUUAAAAGUAAAAUAGAGGAAGCCCAAAAUGAAUAUAACCAGCUUUUAGCUGAACUGCAGUCUUUAGACGUGAAAGAGGAGUAGUGUAGCUGUAGUUCUUGCCAUUAAUUUUUUCAUUUACUGAAGUAAUGUUGUAUGUAUAGCUCAAUCUUUUGUAGCCGUGGGGCUUACCAGUUUUACGGGCCUGUUCAAAGAUCACAGGGUCCAAGACCCGACCUGCUUUGUAUGACCCGGUAAGGUUUUUGCUCCAAGUUUUCUAGGCAUCUUUUGCAAGUUAGUGUAAGAAUCACCUACCUUCUGUACAUGUAAAACACUAUGGAGCAUCAGGCUUAUCCGCUUAUGUGCAAUUAUUCAUUUGUUUUA